CUCGAAGAUCAUACAAGAAACGAAAAGAGUUGAAUUAAUCAAUGGUAUCAAUAAUUAAAGGGAAAUCAGUUGUGGGUGCUGGAAUUUCAAAAGGAACCAUCACAUUUAAGUUUGAUGUGCGAGGUUUGAGGAAGGAAGAACUAAAACUAGAGUAUAUUCAAAGAAGGAGAGGGCCAAACAAAGUGAGAAUAAGAGGAGAAAGGUUUGAACAGGAGAUAGCCUUUUCUGAAGAUUUGGACGCUGGUGAUAUUCAUGCAUUGUUUCACAAUGGCUUUCUCACUCUCAAACUCGUCAAGAACAAGACCUCUAAUAACACUACUGCUAGAACAUCAUCAUCAUCAUCAUCUAAUGAUGAUGAUGAACAAGUAACAGAAAUCAAGAUUUCCGAGGAACGAGGAGGAGGAGGUAUUGAUACCAAACAUACAGUCAUGAUCGCCGAGCAAAUACUUUAUGAUGUUGUGCAUAGGGAAGAUGCUGACACCCUUAUUCUCGCUUUGCCAUCAGGGUUAAUGAAGGAGCAAAUAAAGCUUCAAUUACUCAGAAAAGAGAGCUUGAGAAUCCUCAUCUUCUCCCAUCAUUCUAAAUGGAUCACCCUACAAAAAGAGUUCCCCCUCCCACCGGACUGCCACAAAAACAGCAUCAAAGCAAAGCUCGGAAGCGACAUUCUCUACGUCAUCUUUCCGAAAAAACGUAACGAUCCGACAACGGUGAAACCGGCGGCGGUGGCGGCUUCCGGCGAGACGACCGGUGGCCUCCGAAAAAGACGGAGAAACAACGAAGAGGAGAAAGUAAGCACGGAGGUGGUAGGCGGUGACGAUGAUGAUGAAGAGAUAAAAGCAAGAAAGCUGAUGAAGCUUCGGCGGCAGCCGCCUAUGAAGUGGUUGAAUGUGGCGGCGGCUGUGGUGGCCCUAGUGGUGGUUGGAGGUGUUGCCAUGUACCAUAUAUGUCAACACCAUAAAUAGUUAGAGGGUUAAUGUACUCAUUUUAAUCGUAAAUGGUCCAUGUAUGUUGCAUCAAAUUCAAUUAGUCCUUAUAACUAAAAAAAAGUGUGAAUU